AUGUCGACGCCAGCGAAAAGGAGACUUAUGCGUGAUUUCAAACGUAUGCAACAAGAUCCACCAAGUGGAGUAUCAGCUUCACCACUCCCUGACAAUGUAAUGAAAUGGAAUGCAGUAAUAAUAGGACCAUCAGAUACACCAUUUGAAGAUGGAACUUUUAGAUUAAUUUUACAAUUUGAUGAUCAAUAUCCAAAUAAACCACCAGUAGUUAAAUUUAUAAGUGAAAUGUUUCAUCCAAAUGUUUAUGCAAGUGGAGAAUUAUGUUUAGAUAUUUUACAAAAUCGAUGGUCACCUACUUAUGAUGUUAGUAGUAUUUUAACUAGUAUUCAAAGUUUAUUAAAUGAUCCAAAUAUUUCAAGUCCUGCUAAUGUUGAAGCUGCUAAUUUAUAUAAAGAUCAUAGAAGUCAAUAUGUGAAAAGAGUGAGGGAAACUGUAGAAACUAGUUGGAAUGAUGAAAGUAGUGAUGAUGAAGACGAUGAAGAAGAAGAGGAAUAA